AUGGGGCAGCGCCUGAGUGGCGACCGGUCCUGCCUCGAUGUCCCCGGCCGGCUCCUGCUGCAGCCACAGCCGCCGCCGCCGCCGGUGAGGAGGAAGCUCGCUCUGCUCUUCGCCAUGCUCUGCGUCUGGCUCUACAUGUUCCUGUAUUCGUGCGUCGGCUCGUGCGCCGCUGCGCCAGGGCUGCUGCUGCUCGGCUCGGGCUCCCGCGCUGCCCACGUCCCGCCAGUGCUGACGACGGCUCCAGACUGGACGCCCCCCAGGCUGUCGUUCAGGGCGCCGCCGGCCACGCCGCUAGGUGCAGGCCAGGAGGCGGCCGAGGGUGCUGCGAGCCAGGAGGAGCAGAGUCCCGAGGUUCCAGACUCCCCUAGCCCCAUCUCCAGCUUCUUCAGCGGGUCCGGGAGUAAGCAGCUGCCGCAGGCCAUCAUCAUCGGUGUGAAGAAGGGGGGCACGCGGGCGCUGCUUGAGUUCCUGCGUGUGCACCCCGACGUGCGCGCCGUGGGCGCCGAGCCCCACUUCUUCGACCGCAGCUACGACAAGGGCCUCGCCUGGUACCGGGACCUGAUGCCGAGGACCCUGGAAGGGCAGAUCACCAUGGAGAAGACGCCCAGUUACUUCGUCACGCGGGACGCACCUGCGCGCAUCUCGGCCAUGUCCAAGGACACCAAGCUCAUCGUGGUGGUGCGCGACCCGGUGACCCGAGCCAUCUCGGACUACACGCAGACGCUGUCCAAGCGGCCGGACAUCCCCACUUUCGAGAGCCUGACGUUCCGGAACCGCACGAGCGGCCUCAUCGACACGUCCUGGAGCGCCAUCCAGAUCGGCCUGUACGCCAAGCACCUGGAGCACUGGCUGCUGCACUUCCCGCUGCGCCAGAUGCUGUUCGUGAGCGGCGAGCGGCUCAUCCGAGACCCGGCCGGCGAGCUGGGCCGCGUGCAGGACUUCCUGGGCCUCAAGAGGAUCAUCACCGACAAGCACUUCUACUUCAACAAGACCAAGGGCUUCCCCUGCCUCAAGAAGGCCGAAGGCAGCAGCAAACCGCACUGCCUGGGCAAGACCAAGGGCAGGACCCACCCCGAGAUCGACCCGGACGUGGUGCGGAGACUGCGGGACUUCUACCGGCCCUUCAACCUCAAGUUCUACCAGAUGACGGGCCAUGACUUUGGCUGGAACUGA